AUGGCUACCCGACGUAUUGUCGCUUCGGAGAAGACCAUCCUUGAGAAAGAUGACCAGGUGGGCUCGAGCCCUGCUGCCAGCGAGAAGUCAAACAUUACACCUGCUGUGCCUAUGGAUGUCAUCAUCAAGCUCCUCGGAUUCACGCUCGCAAUGAUUGCCAUGCCUAUCGGCACGUACUUUGCCACUGUCAAUUUGAUUUUCAAGGGCAACUCAACGUUCGCUGGCGGCCUGGCUGCAAUUGUAGCGAACGUUGUCCUCAUUACAUAUGUCAUUGUUGCUAUGAGGGAGGACCAAAGUGAUAAGCUAGGUGAUUGGAAAGAGGGAAAGAAGGAUCGCUGA